UGCGGGGAAGGGCGAAGCCUGGGUGCCCGGGUGCCCACAGCCAUGCCUUGCCGGCAGUGGACGUGCAGGUGGGCUCAGCCCUGGGCCCUGCUCCUGCUUCUCUUAGGUCCCCAGCUCCUGGUGACUCAAGACUGGGAUUCCCAAGAGGAAGCGAAUGAUGAUGACCAGCGAGCCUCAAAGAACUACUUCCUUGCCACCGUGGAGUACGGCUUACACGUAUUCAACCUGAGGAGCCAGGACAGCAAUGCCUACAAGGUGGUGCGCAUUCUGAGGUCGUGGAAGGAGCCGGUAGUGUCUGUACAAACCCAGGCUGAUUUCGGCAUCGUGUUCUCCACGGAGCUGCAGCUCGGCCAAACCAGGUGUGGGAAAUUUGACGAAGACAUUGACAACUGUCCGUUUCAAGCAAGGCCAGAUGUGAACAAUACCAUCACCUGCUUCUUUACAAUCAUCACUGACCCAUGGAGAACAAAGUUUCAACUCCUGAACAACACCUGCUGGGAAGGCUCCCCUGACUGAGACCACAUACCAGCCUGGGCUCCGCUGUCCUCCUCCUGGGCACCAGUGACGCCCUGUCGUGGCCCUUCAGUGGCUGAGCAGCUCUGGUUCUGUCCUCUGUGUGAGCAGGUGUCUGGGUGUCACAUCCGGGCAAUGUGGA